CGAUUCUGAGCCUCGUCGAAUCCAAGUUCCUACUGGCCUGACGAUAUCUGUUACCCUUUGGAGUCUUCCGCGAUAAUUUCUCUUCACCGGCCAUCCUGACCAACCAGGCAAACCUGGGUGAAAAAGGAAUAAUUGUGAAACAAGCCUGGUACCCCUCCAUUGUGAAAGCUAUAUUCUUUUUUUUCCUCUUCUUUUGCAAAACUGCGCGCUUGCACAUCUCACCAACUCAUUUUUUUUUCUUGCUCCUUGACCUUCUCCCAGCGCGCGUCGCUGUGUUGAAACCUGAGCCGCCAUGGAUGGGUCCAAAAUUGUCCGGGCUGUCACCGAGAAGAAGCCCGUCCCUGAGAUUGACUUCACACUCCAUACUAUGGAAGACGGGACCCAGGUUUCUACCCUGGAGAGAGUCUGCAAAGAGGUGCAAGCUCCUGCAUUUCACACUCCAACAAACGAACAGUUCUGGUCACCUGUGGAUCCCUCCAAGCCUAAUCUCGCAUUUCUUAAGCAACAUUUCUAUCGCGAAGGACGACUCACCGAAGACCAAGCGCUAUGGAUCAUACAAGCAGGAACAGAAUUGCUGCGUGCAGAGCCAAAUCUCCUGGAGAUGGAUGCUCCCAUCACCGUGUGUGGCGACGUGCAUGGCCAAUAUUAUGACUUGAUGAAAUUGUUUGAAGUUGGAGGAGACCCAGCAGAGACACGAUAUCUGUUCCUGGGAGACUACGUUGACAGAGGUUACUUCAGCAUUGAGUGCGUAUUAUAUCUAUGGGCUCUAAAGAUCUGGUACCCUAAUACACUCUGGUUGCUGCGCGGGAAUCAUGAAUGCCGCCAUCUCACUGACUAUUUCACAUUCAAAUUGGAAUGCAAACAUAAAUACUCAGAGAAAGUGUAUGAUGCAUGCAUGGAGUCAUUUUGUGCACUCCCCUUGGCUGCCAUUAUGAAUAAACAGUUCCUUUGCAUUCACGGUGGUCUAAGCCCUGAACUACAUACGUUGGAGGAUAUAAAAUCUAUUGAUCGCUUCAGAGAACCACCUACUCAUGGAUUAAUGUGCGACAUUCUCUGGGCUGACCCUCUUGAAGAUUUUGGAACGGAAAAGACGGGGGAAUAUUUCGUCCACAACAAUGUCCGAGGAUGUUCCUUCUUUUUCUCUUAUCCAGCGGCCUGUGCAUUUCUUGAGAAAAACAACUUGUUAUCGAUAAUCCGCGCCCACGAGGCCCAAGAUGCCGGGUAUAGAAUGUAUCGGAAGACUCGCACAACUGGCUUUCCCAGUGUCAUGACUAUCUUCAGCGCUCCUAAUUACCUCGACGUUUAUAACAACAAAGCCGCGGUUCUUAAGUAUGAAAACAAUGUAAUGAACAUCCGACAGUUCAACUGCACGCCUCACCCGUACUGGCUCCCGAAUUUCAUGGACGUUUUCACCUGGUCACUGCCAUUUGUUGGCGAAAAGAUUACUGACAUGCUAAUUGCCAUUCUAAACACAUGCUCAAAGGAAGAGCUCGAGGAGGAACCUUCGGCAUUUUCUUCUGCUCCAGCAUCGCCACCUCUUCCAAUGGAUACUGACAGUGCAGAGUUCAAGAGACGCGCAAUCAAGAACAAGAUCCUUGCUAUUGGGCGUCUCUCUCGCGUUUUCCAGGUUUUGCGUGAAGAAUCCGAACGUGUUACGGAAUUAAAGACUGCAUCUGGGGGUCGUCUGCCUGCAGGGACGCUCAUGCUUGGCGCAGAAGGCAUCAAACAAGCAAUUCAUAAUUUUGAAGAUGCCCGUAAGGUCGACCUGCAAAACGAGCGCCUGCCGCCCUCACAGGAAGAAGUGAUGAGGAAGGCGGAAGAAGAUCGAAGACAGGCCCUAGAGCGCGCGGCUCAGGAAGCAGAGAAUGACGCUGGGCUCGCUACUGUGGCCCGGAGAAUCAGCAUGUCCUCUGGCUCUGGCAGACCUCGCCGCAAGGAGGCAUAAGGGCGUCGUUGCAGACAGUCCAGAAAGUUGUAGACUGCGCCUAAACUUCUUGCCGUCACCUCUCCUCCUCUUGUCCUUUUGCUAAGACUCUCUGGCGCCCCUUCUCGCCAGUUAAUCUAUCCCAAAUAAAAUAAAAUGAAAUUGUAUGGAGAUGAUUCACGAAGAAAGAACUUAAUGAUUAUCCUGGAUGAAACCCUUCAGCACGUCUGCUUCCCGUUUUCGGGUCGUUUCGUGCAUGAGUUGGAUCCGCCGCGGGUCUCAAUGAUACCGAUGAUUUGUUUCGUGUACAUCCUGAAGAUUUGAAAUAGUUAUUGCCAGCGAAAAUACCAAUGGCCUUGUU